CUGCACUUCAUUUUAGCUCACAAAACUCUCCCAGCCUUCUCUUAAAAUUCCUAUUGUGUUCUUGCUUUGUUCACGUUCGUUGGAAUUUUCGUUUGAGUGCUCAAACGCUUGUUCGUAGUCAUCGUAUCCUGGGAAACGAUUCUUGCAACGUUCCUAGCACCCCGGGAGGCAACGAAUACGUUUUAAGGAAAUCGUGCGUUGCACGAGCUUUGACUUAUUCUGCUUCAUCUCAUUUCUUGUUUUCUUUACGUCAUUUUAUUUAAUUAAUUUUUAUUAAUUAAUUUUCUUUCUUCUUCGAAACACACCCUACAGAAAGUACCAAAUAUUUCCACUCUAUAGCCAGGAAAAGCAAGUCUAAGAACACCAUGUCAUUUAUCAUCAAAGAUGAUGGUCUACCAACCACAUCUUUGAAGGAGGUUGCUCAUGAGUUUUUUUAAUUACUUUCAGAAGUUAUUUGGAACUACUAAUAAUUGUAACCAGGUGGAUGAUGAGAUUAUGAGGGAAGGCAAGAGGGCGACGAUAGAAAUGACUGACUCUAGUAAAACCUAUAUCUGCCUAAGACAUAAAAAAAAAUGCACUCUUUUGCAUAGGAGAUGACAAAGCACCAAGGUCAGAUAAAUACUCAACACGAUUCUUUAAACAAAUUUGGCAUGUGGUGGGUGAGGAGGUAACGGGGGAAGUGAUGGAUUUUUUCGAACGAGCAGGUUGCUUAAACAGGAUAAGGCUCACAAAGGUAAGUGAUUUCAUGCCUAUCUCUUGUCCAAAUGUCACACAUAGCAAAAAUCCUUGCCUCUAGAAUGAACUUUUUGCUACUUGAGUUUAUUGGUCUAGCACAAGCAGCCUGUGUUGAUGGAGGAGGACCAUAUCUCAGACAAAGUACUCCUAGCAGAAGAACUUGUGAGAGGGUAUACAAGAAAGUGGAUGCCACCUCGUCAUCUUAUUAAAGCUGACAUUAUAAAGUGGCGAUUAAUGGAGUUUGGUAGGACUUUUUCAAAGGAGGUAGAGGUCUAAGACAAGGUGACCCAAUAUCCCUCUCCCUGUUCAUUAUUCGUAUGGAAUGCUUUUCUAGACUUAUGGGAAAUAAAACCUCAAGACUAGAUUUUAACUACCACCCUAAAUUUAGUAAAUUGGGAAUAUCCCUGAUAAGUUCGUAUUUCAACAUGCAUUUGAUGGUGUUGGGAUCGGCUUUUGAUGGUUUUCUUAGCUUUAAGGUGUCACAAAUCUCAAUUUUAGCUCAAGUUAUGUUUACCGGGCGUUGGUUCGAGUUUUGUUUCGUUUGGAGUCAAAAUCAAGAAAUUAGAGUCCGGUACCGGCGCUUGAGAAGCAAUCGGGAUGAGUUGAUGAGCAUUCGAGAGUGAUUCGAGAGUUUAGGAGAUCUCCGGGAGAUUCACGAUGAACAAUAGAUGACAAAUGAGCUAUUGGAUCGAUCGCGGAGCCACAUGAGGACUUAAAGUGGAAAAAGUGAAGAAUUUGAAGAAUUAAGGCCACGCACGGCCGUGCGUACAAGGACGCACGCCAUACGUGCAUGGCAGAAGCGACCAGGCGAGAUCGAUGAUGUUUGACGCACAGUCAUGCAUCUGGGUACGCACACCGUGCGUCCAAGGAGGAAGUUCGAUGAACCCACUGACAGCCACGCACGGGCCCUGUUUUGCGCGCAGUUCUUCCGGGCGCACGGACGCCACGCAUGUCGUGCGUGGGCGCCAGCCGCCAUGCGUCCCCCUGCAGUUCCGAUUCAGCCCGAAUUCCCCCGUUUUCUAUAAAUAAGGCCUUAAUAACCCAUAUUUGGAGUUACUGAAUUUAGAGAGAGACCAAGGGAUGAGUUUUACGCUAUUUUUCCGCUAGUUUGUUCAAGACCGGGAUAAUUUACAAGUUCCUAGUUUUUAAUUAAUGACAAUUAUUUCUAUUCAUCCCAGUUUUGUUGAUUCUUCAAUUAUGAGUUGUGGGUAGUUUUAAUUAGUGAUUUGGGAUUGAUGAAGGGGUUAAUCUUGAUGUAUGGCUAGA